UUCAGUUCUAGUUUUUAGGAUCGCCUGUAGAGGAAGAGAUUGCUCUGUAUAUCUGGAUCUUCACUCUAAACCAUAAUACGCGGGGUCCGCUAACGAUCCCACUGUAAAAACUUUUUCCUCCCCACACAGUUGCCAUUAAAGUCAAUUACCGAAUUCAUUUGGAUAUUUCUAAUGGCGGUACUCAGAGAUAUGCGUAGAAAUCGUGGCCACGCACAAAAGAGAAAUAUUAAACCGAAACCCUAAGCCAAGGCCGGCUGGGAAAUGCCAGGGUAGAAAACAAAGAUUCGUUUGUCUUAUUGUUUUCAUUCACCCAUUUCGUCUUCAUUGCACACGUCACUGCUGUCUCACUUGAUAUUUUAAAUUUUUAAUGGCCUUGGUUUCAGUUGUUGGGACUAUUAAAUCAGUAGAGUUUCCAUUGAUCGGAACAGAGGAGAUAGGACUGAGCAAUGGCGAGACUAGUGGCUGCAGCAGCCAUUGCUGCUGUUCUGUGCAUUUUCAUUGUAAUUUUUACUUCUGGGGCGGUUAAUGGAAAGUACAUUAAGUACAACACUGGAGCAGGCAUUGUGGAGGGGAAAUUGAAUGUUCAUUUGGUUCCACAUUCGCAUGAUGACGUUGGAUGGUUGAAGACAAUCGAUCAAUACUAUGUCGGAUCGAAUAAUAGUAUACAGGGUGCUUGUGUUGAAUGUGUGUUGGACUCAGUUGUUGAAUCGUUGCGCCGUGAUCCUAAUAGGAAAUUCGUUUUUGCUGAGCAGGCCUUUUUCCAACGAUGGUGGGCAGAGCAAAAUUUGGAAACACAAGAAGAAGUGAAAAAACUAGUAGAUUCUGGCCAAUUGGAGUUCAUAAAUGGUGGCUGGAGUAUGCAUGAUGAAGCAACAUGCCAUUAUAUAGAUAUGAUUGACCAAACAACUCUAGGACACCGCAUGAUAAAGAAGCAGUUCAACAAAGUUCCACGUGUUGGAUGGCAGAUUGAUCCUUUUGGGCACUCUGCUGUGCAAGCAUACCUAUUUGGAGCAGAGCUUGGGUUCGACUCCCUAUAUUUUGCAAGGAUUGACUAUCAGGACAGAGAAAAACGCAAAGAGGAUAAAUCUCUUGAAGUUGUAUGGCGUGGGUCCAAGACGUUUGGUUCUUCUUCCGAGAUUUUCACUAGUGCCUUUCCUGUUCAUUAUGGUCCUCCUACUGGUUUCCAUUUUGAAGUAAAUGAUGACUCAUCUCCUGAUUCUGCCCCUGUUCAGGAUAAUCCUCAUCUAUUUGACUACAAUGUUGAGCAACGUGUAAAUGAUUUCGUCGCUGCUGCUGUGACCCAAGAAAAUGUGACCCGCACGAAUCAUAUCAUGUGGACAAUGGGUGAUGAUUUUCAAUAUCAGUAUGCCGAAACUUGGUUCAAACAAAUGGACAAAUUAAUCCAUUAUGUUAACAAGGAUGGUCGGGUUAAUGCAUUGUAUUCUACUCCUUCAAUCUACGCUGAUGCAAAAAAUGCAGCAAAUGAAUCGUGGCCCUUGAAAACUGAUGACUAUUUUCCCUAUGCAGAUAGGGAAAAUGCUUACUGGACUGGAUUUUUUACAAGUCGCCCAGCACUAAAGCGAUAUGUGAGAAUGCUAAGUGGAUAUUAUAUGGCUGCACGCCAACUUGAGUUUCUGGUUGGAAGGAGAUCCUCUGGUCCCCACACAUUUAGCUUGGGAGAUGCUUUAGGAAUUGUACAGCAUCAUGAUGCCGUCACUGGCACUGCAAAACAACAUACAACAAAUGACUAUGCAAAACGCUUGGCCAUUGGGGCUUCUGAGGCGGAGAGUGUUGUAAAUUUAGCUUUGUCAUGCCUAGUGAGUUCAAGAUCUGGCAAUCAAUGUGCAGCUUCUGCAACACAAUUUAGCCAGUGUCAUUUACUAAACAUAAGCUAUUGUCCACCAAGUGAAGAAGAAAUUCCAGAAGAGAAGAGUUUGGUUGUGGUAACAUACAAUCCUCUCGGGUGGACUCGCACCGAUAUCAUUAGGAUUCCUGUCAACGAUGCCAAUCUUAUUGUACAAGACUCCAAAGGUGUUAUAGUUGAGGCACAGUAUAUGGAGCUGGAUAAUGUCACUAUUAACUUGAGAAACUAUUAUACCAAAGCAUAUUUGGGAGUGUCACCUAAACAGGUUCGGAGGUAUUGGCUUUUGUUCCAAGUAUCUGUGCCACCUCUUGGUUGGAACACUUACUUCAUUUCUAAAGCUGAGAGAAGCAGAAAUGGGUAUCUCUCAGUGCUAAAGUCUCCAGAAAAUGAGACCGUUGAUGUUGGACCAGGCAAAUUAAAAAUGUCCUUUUCAUUAACAUCUGGACAGCUCAAACGAAUGGUCAAUUCUAAAACUGGGGUUGAUAUGCCAAUACAACAAAGCUAUCUGUGGUAUAGAUCAAGUGGUGGUGACAUGGAUCCACAGGCUUCUGGAGCAUAUAUUUUCCGUCCUGAUGGUUCCAUUCCAGUCGCUGUCUCUAGAUCAGUACCUUUGAAGGUUUUACAUGGACCACUGGUGGAUGAAGUCCAUCAACAGUUCAACUCGUGGAUUUAUCAGGUGACUAGGCUUUACAAAGACAAAGAGCAUGCUGAAGUUGAGUUCACUAUUGGCCCAAUCCCAGUGGAAGAUGGUGUCGGAAAGGAGGUCAUUACACAAAUGACAGCAAAUAUGGCUACAGAGAAAGUGUUUUAUACAGAUUCUAAUGGGAGAGAUUUCCUAAAACGGGUGAGAGAUUAUAGGGCUGAUUGGUCUCUUUCUGUCAAUCAACCUGUGGCUGGGAACUACUAUCCACUUAACCUUGGAAUAUUUACAAUGGAUAAUAAAUCCGAGUUCUCAGUCUUGGUUGAUCGUGCCACUGGAGGUGCCAGCAUUGAAGAUGGAGAACUAGAGCUAAUGCUUCAUAGGCGUAUGAUCUUUGAUGAUUCUAGAGGUGUUGGUGAGGCUCUUGAUGAGACUGUGUGUAUAGAAGAUACUUGUCAAGGGCUUACGAUUCGUGGAAAAUACUAUAUAAGCAUCAACCAGGUUGGGACUGGUGCACGCUGGCGCAGGACAUUUGGUCAAGAAAUUUAUUCUCCCUUGCUUUUAGCUUUCACUCAUGAGAAAAUGGAGGAUUGGAGAGCUUCUCAUGCGACAGAGGGUACUGUCAUGGAUCUUGACUAUAGUUUGCCUCCUAAUGUUGCACUGAUCACACUUCAGGAGCUAGAGGAUGGAAGUGUGCUCCUUCGGCUUGCUCAUUUAUAUGAGGCUGGUGAAGAUUUGGAAUAUUCAACAAUGGCUAAAGUGGAACUAAAGAAGAUUUUUGCUAAAAAAACGAUCAAGGGAGUGAUAGAGACGAGCUUGUCAACAAACCAGGAGAAGUCGAAGAUGAGGAAGAUGAAUUGGAAAGUUGAAGGGGAUGGUGGAGAGAUGCCUGUAGUCAGAGGUGGUCCAGUUGAUAAUUCUACCCUUGUGGUCGAGCUGGGCCCCAUGGAAAUCCGCACUUUCAUAUUGACUUUUUAAUCAGAUCUCGGUUGUACUCGACCUAAUUAAUUUAACAGAUCUCCUCACAAGCCUCUUCUAUCUUGAACGAUGUAAGACUAGUAUAUGAAUAAGUAUUUUCCCUCAUUUUCA